CUAUAAGGGUCUAACCUUAUCAUCUGGUUUUUGUUGAGAGGAGAGGAGAGAGUUUCGUGCGCUGUCACGUUUCUCAGUUCUCUCGUGGUUUGCUUCUUCAUUUUUUUUUUAUUGUUGUUAUUAUUUUUUUCCUCAUUCAUCACGCACACAUUAAAGUCAAUAAUUGCACGCGAAUUUAUAAACGAGAUAUAAUAUAUAUCCCAAAAAUAUUCAUAUAUGACGUAACAUAUUUUACAGAAAAUAUAAUAUACAAAGAAAAAAAGAAAACUGUUUAUUAGAGACGUGUUUUUGUGAAAACAAAGUGAGCUUGAAAAAAAAGAAGCACAAAGAGAAAGAAAAUAAAGACAGAAAGAAAGAAAGAAAGAAAGGAGACGAUCAUCCCUUGAUAAAAAAGAAAGCAGUGCCCGGGAAUUCUAUCAUCAGCUUCUUGGCCUUCAUGGUGGUGAAUGUUUUUAGAGUGCCGAGAUAACGAAGGAAGAUCAGACAUCGUCUCUGAUACCUAUGUUGUGCGGAGAACUUUUAAACGGCGGCCUCGUGAGUGCAGGUGCAGUAACUUUAGUGCCCUGCAGUUUCCUUGGACCUUGGCUGCCGGGUUUUUUGCGAGCCACCAGUCCAGGAUCACUCACCUCUCCCUAUUUAACAUUAUUGGCCGAAUUGAUUAUUGCAAAUUCAUUAGAGGAGGAGGACAUUCUCCUCUUCAAAGAAAACAAUCAAAUGGACCUCGCCACGCAAAAUCAUCUUCCAAAUGGCUCCGUUGAUCUCGAUUUAGAAUUGGAUAUUCACGACAUUGACGAAGACGUUCUUCUCGGCCAAAAAUUGGAAAAUGGCCUCCUCUCGUUUGAAAAUCCAAAUUAUCAUUUGGAUCCGGCGCGUUUGGACGAUGCAAUAAACAGCAAUGACAAUGGAAGUACAUUGUACGAUGAACUUUAUCAAGGACUUGUGACAAGUGGUGGUAGAAGUGGUGAAGUGACGGGCGGCGGGGGUGGUGUCACUCGAGUACAAACUAGAAGAACCUAUGCAUCCCUGGAUCUUGGUGGCAUGGGCGUUGAUGUCACACAAGGUCCACUAUCAAAAAGUUCUGUCAACGAAGCCAUUCCAAACAACACAGACAAUCAUAUCUUGGGGUACGUCAAUGAGGGUGUGGCAGUGGUCGCUGAAUCCACUUUGAUCGACGACACCCUCAAUGGGAAUCCCCGAUCGACUAGCAAGCUUCUGCCGAAAGCUUCCACUCUGGAAAAUCAUGGAGAACCAGUCGCCAAUCCUUCCGGCGCCGACGUCAUAAAUUUCUGCGAGAAAGGAGGAAAUAUUGACACGACAGACAUGGGGGGAACACCGCACGUUGAAGUAGGCGGAUUGAAUGAAUUACAUAAUGUUCCUGUAAAAAGACGACAGCCUAAGGAGCAAAAAAAUACAAGUUUACAAAAUAACGUCACUGGAAAACCACCGAAUGCUAUUGACGUUCAGACCAUUGAUUGCAAGGCCAAGGACGAAAAUUUACCACACGGUUGGGAAAAACACGAGGACCAGGAAGGUCCUUAUUACUGGCACAUCAAAAGUGGCACUAUCCAGAGAGAACCACCUGAACCACAAAUAAUUUCAAAAACGGAAAACCGUCGUUCACUGGUCAAAAGCAAUGACAGUGUGGAUAAUUUCCAUUCAUUAAGUGGAAUGACAAACACUGUGACACGCAGCAACACAAGUUCAGCUCUUAGUCAGGAGUUGAAGAUCAAAAGAAAAGAGGAAUUAGCACUCAAAAGAAGAAGUUAUCCAGCAAGAGCAGAUUCUGAGGGUAGAGACAAGAGGAUCAGGUUCGCAGUUCGUUCCUUCGGUUGGGUGGAAGUUGCCGAGGAGGACGUCACCGAAGAGAGAAGUAGAAAAACAGUUAAUAAAUGUAUCGUUGAUCUGACAUUGGGAAGAAAUGAUCUUCUAGACGUCAUUGGCCGAUGGGGAGACGGUAAGAAUCUCUUCAUGGAUCUCGGUGAGGGGGCACUCAAAUUAAUAGAUCCUGAAAAUCUCACUGUCCUCAAUACACAGCCAUUCAGUACUCUCAAGGUUUGGGGUGUUGGUCGAGAUCAGGGAAAUGAGAGGGAUUUUGCAUACGUAGCGAGGGACAAAUCAACCAGAAAAUACAUGUGUCAUGUAUUUCGAUGUGACAUUCCUCCGCUCACUAUUGCCAACACACUACGAGAUGCAUGCAAAAAAGUUUUGAUUGAACGUGAACUUCAGCAAAAUCCAACCAGGCCUGUGGAUAUUAAUGGUAGAACAAGUUUAGCCGCGAGGCCAACAAAUCUUCCCACGGAGCAUCGACGUUUUCAUAGAAAUGGACAAGCACUCGUCACACAAUCGUUUCCUACACCAAUGGAGGAGCCUAAGAAAGUGCUUCGAGCACAAUACCUUGGAUCGAUGCAGGUCAACCAAGCCAGUGGAAUGGAAGUGUUAAAUAAUGCAAUAGACCACACUGUUACCAAUACACCCCUAAGUCAGUGGCGAAAUGUCAACGUUGCUGUUGCACCCAGUAUGAUUUCUAUACUAACACCAAACGAUGACAAAUUAAUUACUGAGUGUCGAGUUCGCUAUUUAUCAUUUUUGGGCAUUGGUCAUAAUGUGAAGCAAUGCGCUUUCAUCAUGCACACAGCGCAGGAUACGUUUAUUGCACACAUUUUCAAUUGCGAGCCAAGUAGUGGAGCUCUCUGCAAAACAAUCGAAGCUGCCUGCAAGUUGAGGUACCAGAAGUGUUUGGACGCCCAUCCUCAAGGUUUUCGAAAUGCCCGAAGUCUGAAUACACCCAAUGGUCGUGGAUUUGGUGCAACUUUAAAGUCACUUGUCGGCUCUCUCACGGGUCGUCGUGGUAAACAGGGUGAAUCCUGAGACGAAGCUCUCUCGCUGCAGGUAAAUUGGCACUCUGAUAUUACAUUGGUCUAGGGACCAAUUUUCGUCCUUUGAAAAUUAUCAAUGACCAUCUCCAGCGCAACGUUGUCAAAGGAAUUGCAUUCCAGGAACUCUGGCCGCUGCCUGAGCGAGAGAUCAUCAAACACACACACUUGCAGUCGCCUUUGACCCUGCUGUACUUUGGUGAUUCCUCUCCGAGUGACUCUCUCAGAUCGUUGCUCUCACCUUCUCUCGACACUAGACGCAAACAAUUUGCACGCUGGGAAAGCAAUCCGUAAAAAUUCACGGACCAUAAAUUGAGGGCGUUUAAAGCAAAAAAAAAAGAUAAAUAAAUAAAUAAAUAAAAUAAAAAAUAAAACUUUGAAACGUUAUGUAUCACAUAAUUUCUAGUGAUCUACGCUUACGUGUAUGUAUGUUAUCGCAGUGUCUUGAUUAAUUUUCGAGCAAAGCGUUGCAGUGUUCCUUUAAAUGAAAAGAGAAUAGUUCUUCGAAUGUAUAUAAAAGUGAUUCGAUUUUUCUUUUUUGGAAAUCAUUAAUAAUAAAUAAUUGAAAAUUGAUUUUUCAAAAAGAAAAACUCGUGUCCACAAGUGUUGAAAGAAAAGUCAAAAAAAAAACUGCACACAACGUUUCCACGAGGCAUUUUACGAGAAAGCUUUGAGAGCUUAUAAACGUGUAUUCAUUGUACAGACUAGGAAAAAGGAAGCAUGAGAGAGUGUGAGAGAAUGAGAGAGAAAAAAUGUAAAAACUUCGACAGGUAUUUCCAGAAAAAAAAAAAAAAUUGUCGUUGUUUGUCCAACACGUUAGUUGAUAGGGAAUUUAUUUUUUAUGGCAAAAAUAAUAGAACUCGUAUCUCGAGAGGUGAUAUGACAAAUAUUAGCGCGAAGAGUCCGUAUUUUUUCGGAUCUCGCAACGUAUGUACGUUAUAAUAAAAAAAAACAGGUUUCAAAAAAAGAAAAAAAAAUCUAAAAAAAAAAGUUGUGCG